AUGGCGCCGCCAGCCAUCGGAACCGUGCGGCAAGGCACAGAGCGGAAUUCUCGGCGCAAUAUUCCCUCUACAGGUAUUGUGAAGGGAGCAAAGGGAUCAGCCAGCAAUCCAAUUAUCCUGGGUGAUGACCUGCCGCCAUCCACACCACGCAAGCCCUCCGCAAAGAUUCAGAAUACGAGAACGGCACCAUUCACUUCAUCGAAGGAGUCAUCUACAAAGCCAUUACAGCAGGCGACCAAAUCACCCAGCCGGAAGCGAAAGGCGGAGACGGAAUCGUCACCCACAGCGGAGAAGCGGGCUCGGAAGUUUCGCCCAAAGGCACCACAGGCCUUCUACCCCGUCUAUGAGAGAGCUCUCGGUCAGCGCUUCUAUGUGUUGAAGCGGACGCCUACCGGAACAGUCGAAUGCCCGGAGGAGACAUUUGAGAUGACUGGGUCGACUGGCAAUGUCUACACCGUCCAUAUCGGCCGGCAGCCACAGUGCAACUGCCCUCACGCCCGCAAGGGCAACCAGUGCAAGCACGUCUUAUAUAUCCUGGCCCGUGUUCUGCACGCCCCCUUUGAUCUCGUCUACCAGACCGCGUUGCUCAGCACCGAGCUCUGCACCAUCUUCGCAUCCGAACCUGACAGGGAUGCUUCCGGAAGCACUACUGCUGGCAAGCGCAAGCCAGUUGAAGGGGACUGCCCCAUCUGCUAUUGCGACCUCGACGCCGACAGCUCCGAAUCUGUCGUCUGGUGCCGUGCUGCGUGCGGGCAGAACAUCCACCAAAAGUGUUUCCAGAUGUGGGCCGCGACCAAGGCGCAUGGCACCGUCACUUGUCCGAUGUGCCGUAGUACGUGGGAGGGCGACCCGGACGUCGCGUCUCGCGUACGGAUGGACAUGGCAGUCCAGAGCGAGGGGUACGCCAACGUCGGUCGCCAGCUCGGCAUCAGCGGCGCUCGAGAUGAGAGCACGUACUCUACUUGGGGUCUCGCGCGGCGGUACGGUCGCUUCUGA